UCUAUUGCUCUUCCAGUCUUCUGCUGUUCUUAGUGAAACGCUCCGGUAUUUCGUUGAUUUGAAGUUUCUGCAAUGCCUAAAGUAAGGCGAAGUCGCAAACCACCUCCGGAUGGCUGGGAAUUAAUAGAACCAACUUUGGAUGAACUUGAUCAAAAGAUGAGAGAGGCAGAAACGGAUCCUCAUGAUGGAAAAAGAAAAGUCGAAACUCUAUGGCCCAUAUUCAAACUUCAUCACCAAAAGUCAAGAUAUAUUUAUGACUUGUUUUAUAGAAGAAAAGCAAUUAGUCGAGAGCUUUAUGAAUAUUGUUUGAAAGAAUCAAUCGCUGAUAAAAAUUUGAUUGCUAAAUGGAAAAAACAAGGAUAUGAGAAUUUAUGUUGUCUUCGAUGCAUUCAAGCAAGAGAUACAAACUUCGGAACAAAUUGUAUUUGCAGAGUUCCAAAAUCAAAACUUGAGGCGGGUAAAGUUGUUGAAUGCAUUCACUGUGGAUGUAGAGGAUGUUCUGGAUGAAACAAAGCCACAGCGAACAAAAGUUUAUAUGGACUAAUAACCUGCAUCAGAGCUUAUUGUGAUUUUAACAAAUUACCAGAAAAGACUGGUGCACAACUCAAUGUUAGUGACAAUCGAGCGUAAAAUGAUUCAAGUCACUUGAAUCAAGUGAACCAUUAUGAACAAACUUUUUGAUGAUGGAUUAAUCGAGAGUCAUUUACAGAUUAAGCUUUCAAACUAUUUAAUCGCUUCUUCUUGCAUUGCUGUGAUUUUAUCGCUAUGAUUUUAUGUUUUCAAGAAAUCGGUGAAAUAUAGACAUUUUUAUUAUGAAAA